AUGUUCAACCGCCACAUUCAUUUGAGCAUGGGCAAAGUUCUGCCCAUUGCGUCCAAGACGGACUUUUUCCUGGCCUUGGCAAUGACCGUACGCGACAGCCUCAUGGAAUCUUGGCUCAAAACCUCGGUGACCUACGCAGAGGUUGAUCCGCGUCGUGGCUAUUACCUAAGUAUGGAAUAUUUGAUGGGUCGAACGCUACACAACGCCAUCGGCAACUUGGGCUUGAAUAAGGAAAUUCAAGAAGCCUUGCACCAGUUGGGCCUGCGCAUGGAGGCGCUGCGAGAAUGCGAAAGAGAUGCUGGCCUGGGCAACGGCGGUUUGGGUCGACUGGCCGCCUGCCUCAUGGACUCGUGCGCCACCAUGCAAAUGCCGGUCACCGGCUAUGGCCUCCGCUAUGAGUAUGGCAUUUUUCAGCAAGAAAUCAACGAGCAUGGAGCUCAAGUUGAGCUACCAGAUGACUGGCUGGCCAAAGGCAACCCCUGGGAGAUUCAUCGACCAGACUUUUUGCAACAAGUGCAAUUUUACGGCCGAGUGGAGGUGCAUGGUGGCCGUCGCGUGUGGGUGGACACCCAAACGCUAGACGCGGUCCCUUACGAUGUCCCCGUACCAGGAUAUCAUAACGCCACCAUCAACACGGUGCGGCUUUGGGCAGCCCAAAGCAACUGCAAGUUUCAAUUUGACCAGUUUCAAGCGGGCAACUACAUUGAAGCCGUGCUCAAGCGCAACCAAGCCGAAAGCCUGUGCCGUUGCCUCUACCCCAACGACGCUCUCAUGCGUGGCAAGGAGCUGCGUCUCAAGCAAGAAUAUCUCCUCGUCUCAGCCAGUCUUCAGGUGACAUUAUUUCUCGCUACAAAGGCGCCUCAUGCCUCUGCAAGCGCAUCCUCGGGUCACUCUCUGUAUGUGGCUUCUCAGGUGGUCAUCCAGCUCAACGACACCCACCCAGCCCUAGCCGUCCCGGAGCUGAUGCGCCUGUUGUUGGACACGGAAGAUAUGCCUUGGGACCAAGCUUGGGCCAUCACGCAAAAGUGCUGCGCUUACACCAACCACACACUCCUGCCCGAGGCACUGGAGCGUUGGUCGGUUGAGCUAUUGCACCACGUGCUGCCCCGCCACUUGGAAAUCAUCUACGAGAUCAAUCAGCGCUUUUUGGAUGGGCCAGUGCGUAAAAAGUUUGGGGCAGAUGAUCAUAAGCGUCGCGAACUGAGCAUUGUCGAAGAACAGCCCGAACGGGUGGUCAACAUGGCCAAGCUCUGUGUGGUGGCCUGCUUUGCCGUGAAUGGCGUAGCGGCCAUUCACAGUCGCUUGCUUAAAUCGGACACCUUUGCUGCGUACAUGCCCUUGUUUGAGAGCAAGUUUACCAACAAGACCAAUGGAGUGACUCCACGCCGUUGGCUGCUGCAUGCCAACCCAGACCUGUCUGACCUCAUUUCAAAGCACAUUGGCACUGAAUGGCCCACGCACUUGGACCAGCUGGAGAAGCUGAACGAAUUUGUGGAGGAUGAAGCCUUGCUGCGUGAGCUCUUGGCCAUCAAGCGGCGCGCCAAAAAGUCUUUUGCCGCUUUUAUCAGGGGCAAGUGGGGCAUUGACAUUCAUCACGGACAUCUCUUUGAUUUUCAGGUCAAACGCAUUCAUGAGUACAAGCGACAGCUGCUCAACCUUUUGCACGUCAUUCAUCUGUACCUGACGAUCAAGGAUGGUGGCUUUGUGGCCAAGCGGGUAGUAUUUAUUGGGGGCAAGGCGGCACCCGGCUAUGCCCGUGCCAAGACCAUCAUUCAGCUCAUUAACAACGUUGCACGCGUUAUCAAUGCAGAUCCAGACACAAACGAUGUGCUCAAGCUCGUAUUUUUGCGAAAUUACGACGUGACAUUGACGGAAAAGCUGCUGCCGGCAGCUGACUUGUGCCAGCAAAUCUCCACCGCCGGCAAGGAGGCCAGCGGCACCUCCAAUAUGAAGUUUCAACUCAACGGUGUGCCGAUCGUCGGCACCAUUGAUGGCGCCAACGUGGAGAUUUUGGAUCGCGUCGGAGAGGAUGCGUUUUUCCGUUUUGGUCAUACGGUGGAAGAAUUGCAGGAGCUUCGUCACAGCUACAACCCAGCUCAGCUCGUCGAAGAACAGCCCACGCUGCGCCGUGUUUUGCGUCUCAUCGAGUCUGGAACAUUCCAUCCACCGGGCGAUGAGGCUGGCGGCCAGGCCUUUGAAGAUUUGGCACGUGAUUUGCGUGAGCGAGACGAGUACUUUCUGGUCGCCGACUUUGAAUCCUACUGUGCCACACAAGCGCGUGUGGCCCAACUGCAUGGUGCUGACCCCUUGAAGUGGGCACGCCUGAUGCUGCGCAACAUUGCUUGUGGCGGCUUCUUCUCCUCCGAUCGCACGAUCCGGGAUUACAACAAGGAUAUCUGGCACCUCCCAACGAACAUUGUGCCCCGUGUCCGACUGGAGCAAGCCACUUUCUAA